AUGUCGACUGUCAACGUGUGGCAAUGUCGCUACCAAGUGCUGGUGGCGUUGUUGGCUCUGGCUGGUGGAACGCUCGGUCAGCUGUCAUUUCACAAUGAUCCCUCGCAGAACAGCUUCUCGAUCAAGCUGCCCGCCUUCCAGCAAACGUUUACGCGCUAUUUCGGCAAUCAACCACACGGGGCGCUGCUGCAGCAGCAACAGCAGCUUCCGAACACGCUGAUGCAGCCAUCUUUGAUAGGUAGCCAGGCACAAGCUUAUCAACAGCGACAACAGCAGCAGCAACAGCAGCCUCUAUAUUAUCAGCAGCAAGCACAACAGCAGCCACAACCCGACAGUCUCAACCGGUAUGUGGCGCAGUUCCCAGACCAGCCACACUACACCGUGCAGGAGAAUUACAUCAACCCGAACAUUCGCCUGCGGCAGCAACAACAGCGGCUUCUUCAGCAGCAGAUGCAGCAGUUGAACAACUAUCAAGGUCUUGGUGCACAGCCUGCCCCAACCGCUCAGGAUGCGAGUGUCUACUCAGCCGGAAAUCAGCCACAGCCACAAUCGCAGUACGAGUACACUCAACAACCGACCGGGGCAGAAGCUGAUCUUGGACAGGAACAACCGGUUAAAGGGCAGCAGUACCAACCUGUAGACGGACAGCGAGGUCACUUCCAGCAGCAACAGCAUCAGGGAAACUCAGCGACAGAUGCCUCAACAGCUGCAAAGUUAAUCGGUGUUGCCUUUUCACCCUCGAACGAGGUGUCGCAAGUAAAGUUCAGCAGUGCCGGUCUUAAGUACAACUUCUGA